GACCACGGACAACUAGCCUGUUAGCAUCCGUCGGAAACAAAGCCGGACUCCAGUUAAAGCAAGUUCUCAUGUUACCUAGCAAAAUCUUGCUUGUUUUUAGUUACCCGCAUAGCUGAACACCUGCUUUCAGAUUAGACUUUUUAUUGAUUUCAUCCAGCGGCUGAGUCCUUUGUGGUGAAGAUGGGAGUACCGAAAUUUUACCGAUGGAUUUCAGAGCGCUAUCCGUGUCUCAGUGAAGUUGUCAAGGAACAUCAGAUUCCAGAAUUUGACAAUCUCUAUCUGGACAUGAACGGGAUCAUCCACCAGUGUUCCCACCCGAACGACGAGGAUGUCCACUUUCGCAUUUCCGAGGAGAAAAUCUUUGCAGAUAUCUUCCAUUAUCUGGAGGUUCUCUUCAGAAUCAUCAAGCCCCGCAAGGUCUUCUUCAUGGCAGUGGACGGCGUGGCGCCGAGGGCAAAGAUGAACCAGCAGAGAGGACGGAGAUUCAGAUCGGCCAAAGAAGCAGAGGACAAGAUAAAAAAAGCUCUGGAUAAAGGAGAGGUCCUUCCCACAGAGGCUCGCUUCGACUCCAACUGUAUCACUCCUGGCACCGACUUCAUGGCCCGACUCCAGGAGCAGCUCAAGUAUUUUGUCCACAACAAACUCUCCACCGACAAGCUGUGGCAGAACGUCAACGUAUACCUGUCGGGUCACGAGACUCCUGGUGAGGGCGAACACAAGAUCAUGGAGUUCAUUCGCUCGGAAAACACCAAGGCGACUCACAACCCCAACACCCGGCACUGCCUCUACGGCCUGGAUGCCGACCUGAUUAUGUUGGGUUUGACCAGCCACGAGCCAAAUUUCUCCCUACUCAGAGAAGAGGUCCGCUUCGGAGGAAAGAAAAACCAAAAAAGGAUAUCAGCUCCAGAGGAGACAACCUUCCACUUGCUUCACUUGUCUCUGAUGAGGGAGUACAUCGACUAUGAGUUCUCUGAGCUCAGGAACCAGAUUGGUUCUGAUUAUGAUUUGGAGAGAAUAAUAGAUGACUGGAUCUUAAUGGGCUUUCUGGUGGGAAACGAUUUCAUCCCUCACCUCCCCCACCUUCACAUCAGUCACGACGCUCUGCCGUUGCUGUACAAGACCUACAUCAGGGCCCUGCCCACCAUGGGAGGUUACCUGAAUGAGAACGGCCACCUGAACCUGAGAAACUUUGAGCAAUACAUAGAGAAGCUUGCUGAGUUUGACCGGGAACAUUUCAGUGAUAUCUUUGUGGACCUGAAGUGGUUUGAGAGCAAAGUUGGAAACAAGUAUCUGAAUGAGGCAGCUGGACUGGCAGCUGAAAAGGAAGCUGCCAGAAAAGACACAGUCAAGAAAGAGGAUCCUACCUCAGAAAGAGUGAUUGGAGAAGGAAAAGAAGGAGGCGACGAUGAGGAAGAGGAGGAUGAUAUGUUUGAAACAGAGUUCAGACAGUACAAGCGCACCUACUACAUGACCAAGCUGGGUGUCAAUGUGGUGUCUGAUGAGUUCCUCGCCAAGCAGGCCAAGUGUUACGUGGAAGGUAUCCAGUGGAUUCUCCACUACUAUUACCACGGGGUCCAGUCCUGGAGCUGGUACUACCCCUACCACUACGCCCCCUUCCUGUCUGACAUCAGGAACAUUGCUGGGUUGAAGUUAACCUUUGACCUUGAGAAACCCUUCAUGCCCUUCCAGCAGCUGUUGGCAGUGCUGCCUGCUGCCAGCAUGGAGCUGCUGCCUGAGAGUUACAGGCACCUGAUGACCAGCCAAGACUCUCCAAUCAUUGAGUACUACCCUCUGGACUUUAAAACAGACCUCAAUGGCAAGCAGCAGGAAUGGGAGGCUGUAGUUCUUAUUCCAUUCAUAGAUGAGAGGUGUCUACUAGCAGCCAUGGAGCCCUUUAAUGACAAGAUGACUAAAGAAGAGAAGGCUAGGAACCGUCACACAGAGUGUGCCGUCUACUCGUACGACCCGGAACAAGACUGCAUGUAUGCCUCCAGCCUGCCUCAGCUGUUCCCCGACAUCACCCACUGCCACGUCAGGAAAACGGACAUCCCAAUGGACGCCUGGCAUGUAGCGUUGGACCACGUCAGCCGACGCUUUGAUCGCUCAGCUCUGUACUUCUGUGGCUUCCCCACACUGCAACACAUCAAACACAAGUUUUACAAGAAGAAGAGCGGGGUGGUCGUUUUCCAGCAGAGCAGCAGAGGGGAGAACAUGAUGCUGAAUAUCCUCCCUGGACAAGAAGGAGAGCCGGUUUGUGAUAACAUUGCAGCACAAGUACUGGGGAGGUCGGUGUUCGUCAACUGGCCGCAUCUAGAGGAAGCUCGCAUCAUUGCAGUGUCUGAUGGAGACGUCAAGUUUUGUCUGGAAGAACCCCCUGGGGUGCAAAGAGUGUAUGACAGGCCCUCCACUCCCCCCCCCACCAAAGUCAACUGCCUGUCUGACAAGGAGCAGAAGGACUGGGUGAAGGAUGUGCAGGGAGUCACUGAGCAUUUCGUGAAGAGGAAAGGCAUCGUGGUGAAUGAAACGUCAGUGGUUUUAUACGGCCAGUUGCUGUCGGGAAGGAAAUACAUUCCCAAAGCCAACGGAGUGGUGGAACUGGAGAAACAGUGGGCCAAGCAAGUCCUCCCUUUUGCCUUCCAGACCGUGGUUAAGGACAUCGAGGCCUUCUACUCGUCUCUGACCUGCUUCAAGAGCUUAGACGAGCUCUUUCCUCCGGCCACCACCGUCUUCAUGGUGGGGAACCCUUACUACGGGGCCGUGGGCGAGGUGCAAGACUCCAGUGACGUCAUCAAAGAGGGCCGGGUUCGAGUGGUCUUUAACGUGCCGCACGAGCCCCAGCUGGAGCCCCUGAUCCAGAAUCAGCACAAGUACUGUGUGAAGUACAGUCCCGGGUACGUUCUGGCAUCUCGCCUUGGCAUCACCAGCUACCUCGUGUCCCGCUUCUCAGGAAGCAUCUUCAUCGGCAGAGGCUCUAAGAAGAUCCCUUGUGGGGAGCAAAAAGCUAACGUUGGCCUCAACCUGAAGUUCAACAAGAAGAAUGAGGAGGUUCCUGGGUACACAAAGAGGACCGAGAAGGAGUGGCUCUACUCUUCUGCUGUGGAAGAAUUGCUGGCGGAAUAUCUUGAUCGAUUUUCUGAGGUAUUCGACUUGGUGUCCAGAAACAGUCAUGAUGACGUUUUCUAUGAAGAUGACAUCUGGUCUGCAGAGGACCAGAAUAGUGCUGAGAAGGUCGCCGAGAUCACCUCGUGGUUGAAAAGUCACCCGGUGAGCUCCAUCGGCCGGACGUCGUGUGACCUCCAGGUGCUGGACUCUGCCAUUGUGGAGCGGAUCGAGGAGGCGGUGGAGAAAGCCAAGGUGAAGAAGAGCACCAAGAAGGUCCGUGUGACCGUCAAGCCUCACCUCCUCUUCAGGCCCUUGGAGCAGCAGCAGGGAGUUGUUCCAGACCCGGAUUCAGAGUAUCGCCUGUUCGACAGGGUCAUCAACACCAGGGAGAGCUUUACCGUCCCACUGGGACUCCGGGGAACUGUCAUCGGCAUCAAAGGAGCGGAACGCGAGGCAGAGGUUCUCUACGAGGUGCUUUUCGACGAAGAAUUUGCUGGCGGUCUGAACAUCAGAUGUACCUCACCUCGGUGUUACCGCCUCCCCCCCUGCGCUCUCAUCAACCUUUCCCACGGGGCGCGGGCGGAUCAGACCUCCCACAAACUCACCGCCAUCGUCAAACCUCAGCCGGCUGCCAACUUCAGCUCCCAGCGGCAGCAGGCCGGCCUGAACCACUCUCCACGUUCCCCCUUCACGCCGGCACAGCAUAACAACAAACACAGUGGGGGGAAGGCGGCCUCCCAGGGCAACAGGAACUCUCCCUCGAAGGGUCCCAUGCAGAAACAACAGACCAAGGAGUACAGUAAUGUGUGGCAGUCUCUGCAGAACUCUGGUCCUACUCUCAAGCCUCCGGCUCAAUGGCAAAACGAAGAAUUUACCCAACAGGGAAGCAACCAGCAGACCAACAAGUCCGCUCCAGCUGCUGCCAUCAGACUGUUGAAGAAGAAUGAAGACGGAAACUCCCUUUUCCCUCCACAAAACACAGCCAAUAAGGCUUCAACAGAGUUUGAGGACUUGAUAGCCAGUCUGAACAUCUCCAAGGGGAGCCAGCAGGCCCCAACGCCUCCUGCUCCCCCACAGGCACCCACCAGCCAAUCAGACGGCCCGUUGUCUCCCCAGUCCUUCGCAAUGAAGGGAACCCUGAUGCUGAAGGAGAUGCUGAAGAUUGACGGGGCUGGAACAGGAAGUGCCUCCUCCCAGGAGGCGCCUGUCAGCGGAGGCCAACAGCACAACCGGCGGCGGUCGUCCAAGAAACUCGCAGCCAAUAUGAACCCCCCCCACAGUGACGCGGCUGCAGCCGCUCCCCCCUCAUUGGUCGGCCCUGCCAACCUGUCCAACGCCGUGCUGACCAGCAAGGUGGCGGAGCUGGCGUGUGUCUGUGCUAGGUUGGGAAUGGCUCCACCCGAUUUCAGCUACAUAGGCAGCAGACAGGGCCGGGCGGUGGUGUGUCAGGUGAAGCUGUCCAACGGGUUGAUGGUCCACGGUCCGCAGUGUCAAUCAGAAAAUGAAGCCAAGGAGAAAGCUGCCUUCUUUGCCCUCCAAAGACUGAACUCAGUGGGAUCUGGCUUCCCCCUCCCACCUCCUCUAUUCCCGGGAAUGGGUCAGAUACGCCCCCCACCCUUAGGACCCAUGACGCCCGUCUUCAACCAACAAGGCGGUAUGCUGUUGCCUCCCCAGGGCUUUGGCCCUGGCCCGCUGUGGGGGAUGCCGCUGCCUCCCCACCACCCCCAGAACCAGCCGUUCUACGGCCCAGCCGGAACCUUCCCCGGUGCCGCCCGUCCCCAGGCCGCAACAGCGGCGCCCAUCGGCUCACACAACCAGUUUAUUCCCUUACAGGUGACGAAGAAGCGAGUCUCUGCAAGCAAAAAGAGCCAGGACAGCCGAGAGUUCUACAGCGCCGCCCACACGGUGUCCAGGAACCAGUCGCAGAAGCCCCAGUACCAGCCCCCCCACCCCCUGAGUCAGGGUGACCCCCAUGGCGCUAAACACAACCAGCCGCACCAGUACUCCGCCAACAGCAACCAAACCCCGGGCAGUCCAGGCCCAGCAGGCAUCACUUCCACAACAGCUGGCCUGCACACGCCCCCUCGGCAAAACAUGCCAGUGACAGGCCACACCCCCAGCUCCUCCUCCAAGAGGAAGCACAGGAAGUUGGCUGUUAACUUUGAGGCUGCUAAAGUCUCUGAGUGAUGAGCUUAUGUGUGUGUGUGUGUGUGUGUGUGUGUGUGUGUGUGUGUGUGUGUGUGUGUGUGUGUGUGUGUGUGUGUGUGUGUGUGUGUGUGUGUGUGUGUGUGUGUGUGUGUGUGUGUGUGUGUGUGUGUGUGUGUGUGUGUGUGUGUGUGUGUUGUUUAUAAGGUGCUGCAUUGCUGGUCGAAAUCUCAUCAGUGCAAGUUUAAUUUGUUGUGCCCUUGAGGAAACUCUGUUCUCAACACUUUGAAUCUAAAGUAUCAGGCGACAGAACGCCAUCGCCAUGGAGAUGAGAGUUGGUCUCAGCUCUUUUUACUGCAACAGACACUACUUCCUGCUCCAGUUAGUUUGACCUCAUGCAAUGUUGGGUGUGGGUCUCUGUAUUAAUGAUGCAUAAAAUGGGGCCUUCUGUCAUGGCUGUGCUCGUACAAACUGCUCCGUUUGGAUCAGUGGUGUCCAGACCCGGGUUGAUUUUAUUUUAAUUUCCCUCUAAUUUCCCACCAUGCUCGAUGGCUUUGUCUGUCCUUCAGACAUUCAACCCCUUCCUGUAGAUUUUACACUUUGGUGUAUGAUUUGUUUAUGGUUUGAUGACUUGGCCAAAAAUAAGUAAAUAAAAAACCACUGCUGCACAUAUUGCAAAAUUAUCACAUGGAAAAACACACUUUAUCCACGGAUCUUGUUUUUCACCAGCACAUGGACUCCAGAACCACCUACAGUGUUAAAAUAGACUAUUUGUUUCAUUUUUUCUAAAGUGGAGCUUGGGAGGGACUCAUUUGUCUUUUAAUUGUGUUGUUGUUUACACACUAACGGUAACGGAAAGUGCUUGUGGUGAUUUGGAAAGAAUUCUCAUGCAGCUGAUCGUUGAUGACCUUUAACCUGAGUCAAAGUAAGUCAUUGCUUUAAGGCGCUGCCACUAGAUGAGUUAUGUUUCAUCCAAGUUAAGAGCAAUAUAACGGUGCCAUGUGAUGAGGGCAGAUAUAUUUUAGAUGAUUUUCUUAAGCUGCUUGGCUCAUUUUGAAAUUCUGCUUUAUUGCACAUUUCUUUACACACGCAUGUAGAAUUGAUCAAUUUUAAGACGUUUUCUUUUCCGACCUCUAGAUUUUAUGGAUUGGCCUUUUAUGGUGCGUGCGUGUGUGUCAGAGCAACAAGUGUCUUUAGCUUGUCCUCAUUUUAACCUGAGCAGCUUUUAAGAUUGUUUGGAAAUUUAAGCACACCUAUUGGAUAUAUUUUUUUUCUUCAGGGGGGGGGUACAUAAAAAAAAAUAUACAAUUCUCAAUAUGAAGAGAAAAUGACUUUGUUUUGAUCCAGGAAUGUGCUGUACAUAUCCAUUUAAUAAAGUCAAUCUUUUGUUACAG